GUUAUCCUACCACUUCAACACUUCCUUGCAACAACAAGAAUCAUUGUCUCGACAACCUUUGCUGAUACAAAUGGAAUACUUGAGAAACAUGUGUUUGGUUUUGAUCUUGAUUUUGGGAACCUGGGCUUCUCUCGCCGGGUCUCGCACUCUCCAAGAUACAUCCAUGCUUGAGCAAUACCAACAAUGGAUGUCUCAGCAUGGACGAGUGUAUAAAACUGAUGCGGAGAAGGAGCAACGCUUCAAGAUUUUCAGCGAAAACGUAGCUCGUAUUGAAGCUUUCAACAUGGCUGGAAACAAAUCUUACAGGCUUGGCAUCAAUCAGUUUGCAGAUCUCACAAAUGAAGAGUUUAGGACAUCAAGAAACAGAUUCAGAGGUCAUUUGGUGUCCUCCAAGGAUGUUGUUUCAUUCAAGUAUCAGAAUGUCACUGCAAUUCCAUCUGCAAUGGACUGGAGAAGGAAAGGAGCUGUAACGCCUGUCAAGAAUCAAGACAAAUGUGGAUGUUGCUGGGCUUUUUCGGCUGUUGCAGCAGUGGAAGGGAUUACUAAGCUUAGAACUGAAAAACUGAUCUCUCUUUCUGAGCAAGAGUUGGUGGAUUGUGACGUCAAGGGUGAGGAUAAAGGUUGCAACGGUGGAUUAAUGGACGAUGCCUUCAAGUUCAUCAUCAAAAACCAUGGUCUCACCACCGAAAGAAACUAUCCUUACAAGGGAGCUGAUGGCAAAUGCAACACCAGAAGGGCAGCCAACCCCGCUGUCAAGAUAAAAGGUUAUCAAAACGUUCCUGCAAACAAUGAGAAUGCAUUGCUGAAUGCUGUCGCCCACCAACCAGUCUCCGUAGCCAUUGAUGCCGGAGGCUUUGAGUUUCAAUUUUACUUUGGUGGAAUCUUCAAAGGAGUCUGUGGGAAUCAAUUAAACCAUGGAGUGGCUGCUGUGGGUUAUGGGGUCACCGAGGACGGAACCAAGUACUGGCUGGUGAAGAACUCAUGGGGACCAGAAUGGGGUGAGAAAGGCUACAUAAGGAUGCAAAGAGAUGUGGGACAUGAGGGAGGCCUAUGUGGCAUUGCUAUGAUGGCCUCUUAUCCUACUGCUUAGAAUUCAAUCUCUUCUAUAUGCCUUUUGAUCUCAGUAGAGUCAAGAGUAUAGCUGCUAAUGUAGAGAAAAGCUUGUUUUCCAAAUUCAUUUGAAUAAGAUGGCC